UCCCCCCCCCCCCGCGCGGGCCUUCCCUCCCUGUUCUCUGCGCCCUCGCGCUAUCCUCCUCCUUCUCUCUCUCUCUCUCUCUCUCUCCUGCUGCCGGCUGUUUUCCUCCUCCUCCUCCUCCUCCUCCUCCUCCCUUCGGCCUGAGCGAAGACGUGACGCCGCUUUCCCUUUUGACACAUAAACAAGAAUUUCUUAUCUCAGUAUCACAGAAGUGGAAUUGUGGAAAUACUCUGCCUCGUUUAGAAACUUUGUGUCUCUCCAGCUUUCAGCAUUACUAUUGUUGAGAAGAUACACAUCCUUUCCUGUCAGUCUUGUAAUUCUUCCAAGGAAUGUACAAUGACAUCAGCAGUAGUUGACAGUGGAGGUUCCGUUCUGGAGUUCGACAGCAAUGGAGUACAAAUCGUUUGCGAGGAGAAUGAGCCUGUCUCUGAGUAUCCAGCCGUAAUAGUAGAACCCGUACCCAGUGCCCGACUAGAACAAGGGUAUGCUGCACAGAUCUUUGUCUAUGAUGAUGAAACAUACCUGCUACAAGAUGUUGCAGAAGAACAAGAAAUCGAGACUGAAACUGUGAGAACAGUGGAGGCAUCUGUCCAUGGCAGCAAUGUGCACUGUUCAGAUAAGACCAUUGAGGCAGCAGAAGCCUUACUUCAUAUGGAGUCUCCAACCUGCUUAAGAGAUGUUCGAACUCCCGUGGAAGUUCUUGUCCCACCUUGUAUGUCAACCCCAGAAUUCAUUCAUGCUGCAAUGAGACCUGAUGUGAUUGCGGAAACAGAAGUGGAGAUAUCUACAGAGGAGUCUGAACCAAUGGACACAUCGCCUAUAUCUACUUCUCCAGAAAUUCACGAGCCAAUGAAAAAAAAGAAAGCAGGCCGUAAACCAAAGACCCAAGUGCCAUCAGCUAUUUCCAGUGCAUCUCCAGACUUGGGCAUGAAAAAGAAACCAAGAGAAGGCAAAGGAAAUACAACCUACUUAUGGGAAUUCCUUCUAGAUCUCCUUCAGGACAAAAACACUUGUCCACGAUAUAUCAAGUGGACUCAGCGGGAGAAGGGCAUCUUUAAACUUGUGGAUUCAAAAGCUGUUUCCAAACUAUGGGGAAAGCACAAGAACAAACCUGACAUGAACUAUGAAACAAUGGGAAGAGCGCUGAGAUAUUACUAUCAAAGAGGAAUUUUGGCAAAGGUUGAAGGCCAAAGGCUUGUAUACCAGUUUAAGGAAAUGCCUAAAAACAUUGUGGUUAUUGAUGACAAAAGUGAAUGCAGCACUGAGGAGUUAUCAAUCCCCACGGAUGAGAAGUCAUUGGAACGAGUGUCUCUCUCUGCAGAAAACCUCUUGAAAGCAGCAGCCUCCGCUCGCGCAGGAAAAAACGCUUCUCAGUUGAACUGCACCCGAAUAGAGAAGCCUGUUACCAGAGUGGUGAAUAUCUCGUCAUCAGGGCACGAAAUCACAUCUUGUUCUCCUCCCACCACCACGGUCCCAGCAACACCUGCUCCCAGGACUGUUCGUGUGGCCAUGCAAGUGCCUGUUGUCAUGACAUCUCUGGGACAGAAAAUAUCCACUGUUGCAGUGCAGUCUGUAAAUACAGGGUCACCAUUGAUGACUAGCACAAGUCCAACAACAGCAGCAACCCCAAAGGUAGUAAUCCAGACAAUCCCUACGAUGAUGCCAGCAUCUACUGAAAAUGGAGAGAAGAUCACGAUGCAGCCGACAAAAAUAAUCACUAUCCCUGCCACACAACUUGCACAGUGCCAGUUGCAAGCAAAGACUGGUUUGCCUGGGACAGGCAGCAUUAACAUAGUUGGAACGCCACUGGCUGUGAGAGCACUUACCCCAGUAUCCAUAGCCCAUGGGACACCAAUGAUGAGACUUUCCAUGCCUGCCCAGCAGGCAGGUAGCCAUACUCCUCCCAGAGUUAUUAGUGCUGUCAUAAAAGGCCCAGAGGUCAAAUCUGAAACCAUGGCUUUAAAGCAGGAAGGCAGCGAGUAUAAGACGCUGCAACUUGUGCAAGAAGAAAAGCCGGCAGAUGGAACCAAGACAGUUACUCACGUGGUCGUCGUCAGUACGCCCUCCGCCAUUGCCCUCCCGGUCACUAUGAAAGCAGAGGGAAUAGUAACGUGUGAGAAAUGAAGACGAAGCAGCUAUGAACAUUCAUUUGCAGAGACUCUUGUGGGAAUGAAGCAAACUGACAUAUUUAGGGAGACAGGGAAAUGAACACACAAUCAAGAAGAUAUAAACGAUUUUGAAAAAUUGUUAAUAGUUAUGCAUAUAUUAGAAAUUUACUGGAAAUUCAAUAAUGUCCCAUGUUUCAAUGGGAACUGAACCACAUCCACAUACUGACACAAUUGCCUCUUGCAAACUGGGCAGCUAACAAAGCUGUUGAAGUUGGGAAAUUGGAAAGGACUGAAAAGAGAGAGGGCUCAAGAGGCUUCUUGCAUGAGCAAGGUACACUAAGACAUAGAACACUAAGCAGGUUCUGUGCGGGUCACUUGGUUGUACAUGAUUUGGGCGGAAGGAAGAGGCUCACUGUUACAAAUGACAAAUCUGAUGCAUUUUAGUGUGCAUACCAGCAGCAAUUACCACUGUGUCCUCACAGGAUCCAACUGGUGCUAUGUGAAAAAAAAAACUGCUACUAAGUAUUCUAGAAUGUGAAUAAAAGGAAAGGAUUAAAAGAGUUUCCAUGAGAAGAUGAAGAUCUAGAAGGAUUUUUUUGUAUCAUACAGCUUAAGCAGAUUUUUAAAAUGAAAGCCUUAGACUGAUUUUCAGUUACCUUUCUUGAAAUAAGCUAAUGGCUUGUUUGUGUAAAACAUUUUUUAUUAAAACAAUUUUUUAAAAAAUCUUAUACCUAGCACAGUAUUGUUAUAGAAUUACAUGUAACAUAUUUUGUACAGUAGUCAGGUCUGUCAGUUUCUUAAUUGUGGGCAAAAUGGCCAUCGGGCUGUUUUGGCCUUUUGCUACACCAGGCUUGGGUUGCCCACGGAGCCCCGACAUCUGUGCAUACAUUUCAGCUUCAGCUUCUACUCUGUCACUUGAAAGGUCACGCUUGGCAUGAACUCAUGUCAGGUAGUUUAAAAAGCCUGUACAUUUUUUUUAGUUGAAGUUAGAGGGAAGUACCAGUGUUCAGAAUGAACUAUAAUAGUUUGUAUAUUCAACAUUUAAAGUAUAUUCUAUUUUGUUGUACUCUUGUUUCAAAGUGUAUUCAAGUAGGUUUUACUGAAAUACAAACCUGAAAUUUAA